AUGCCUCCCAAGCAAGAGACUUUCGAAUUCGUCAAUGGUGCUGUCAAACCAGUACUCAACGGCAAGAAUUUCUUUGGUUGGCAUCAAGCCGUCCUUGACGCUGCCUAUGCAGGAGGUUAUGUCGAUAUCCUGCUCAGCAAGUCCAAGAAACCCGUUGAUCCAUCCAUCAGGCGCACCGAGAUCACCAUCAAGAAAGAGCCGGCAGUGGAGCCCGCUCAAGUCCCUCUCCCAAGUGAGGCAGAAGAGAAGGGAAAGGAAGGUGACGGUGGCAAAAGUGAUGAGGAUAAGAAAGCGGAGGACAAGAAGGCAGAUGAUGAAGAGGACGUGAUAGAGGUAGAUGAGAAGGGCAAAGUAAUCAGUAUGGAUCAGAGGAGGAGGGAAUUCUUGCUUUGGGAAAAGCGUAAUCAAGAAGCUCUCUCGCUCCUUCUACGAUCAGUUGAUGAAGCUUUCCAUUGGCAAAUCAACGGCAUGGAACUUGCUUCCGAAGCGUGGUCACUGAUUUGUGACGCACACCAGUUUAAACAAGCAUCAGUCAUUACCGACCUACGAACCGAAUUAUCCAAGUUCUAUCUGUCAGAUGGUGGUGACAUGCAAGAACAUCUACGUCGUUUUGGAACUCUAGUAGAACGUGGGAUCAAGUCAGGUCUCCCAGAGUUUGCAACCGACACAGCCCGCUGUGACAUACUUGUGGGUUCACUCCCUUAUUCACUCAAAGAUAUCCGUCGUGACUUUCACAAUCUUCCAUCCGACAAACAAACCUUCCGCGCUCUACAUGCAAUGUACCUAGAAGAAAUGCGUGCAAGAGAAGUCUCAGAAACAAGAGAAAAGGAUGCAGCCAGUAAUGGAAAUAUUCUCUAUGCAGGAAAAGCUCAGCGUGGACGAGGUGGAGGAAGAGGUAGAGGUGGAUUUAGAGGGAGGGGUGGUCUUACUUUAACUGAGGUUUUGUUCUACUGA